CGCACAGAGGCCGACAGACCUCCGCUGUGUAUGCGGGUACAACUCUUCUCACAUGAGCAGAACUUGUAACCGAAGCAACUGAGGGAUUAUUACUGGAAACAAAUCGGGCGGCACAGACUUCAGAACAUCUAAGGACAUGGACUCCAAACGACAGAGUGUUGUGAUGGAACGACUUGUAAAUGAGUUAGGCUCUCUGCUGAAGAUGUUGGACCACGAGACGGUCAGUCCUGCUACCGCUGAAAAAAUGGCAUCCAUACGCAACAUCCUGGACUCACUGCAGCUGUCAGUGAACGGCUCUGAUGUCUACAUGAACAGCUGUCUCUAUGGCAAUGGCACGAGCUUUGUAGAGUCUCUGUUUGAGGAUUUUGGCUGUGAUUUGCACAUGCUCAGUGCAUCUCCAGUGGAGCAGAAAGAGCACAAGGAUGAAGAGGAGAAGACUCAUCCCAAUAAAUCUACCCCAACUGACACUCCUCCUCCUCUGCCAACUACACCCCUUCCUGAUGACUACUAUGAAGAAGCUGUUCCUCUAGAUCCGGGAUCUACUCCUCAGUACUUUACCACCACAUCCAGGAACUCUGUGGAGGACGCCUAUUAUGAAGAUGCUGACAAUAACUACCCCACCACCAGAAUGAAUGGGCCUCCCAAAAGCUCCUACAAUGACUCAGAUGCUCUGAGUAGUUCCUACGAGUCUUACGAAGAAGAGGAAGAGGAAGCAAAGGGCCGAGACCAACCUCAGAGAUGGACAGCUGAGGAAAGAACAGAUGGACCGGUUCGAGACUGCCGCAUCUGUGCCUUCCUACUGCGAAAGAAACGCUUUGGCCAGUGGGCUAAGCAGCUUGUUGUUGUCCGAGACAAUAAACUGCAGUGUUUUAAAAGCAUCAAAGAGAGCUCUCCCAACACAGAGCUUCCACUGAAUCUUUGCAACGUCAUCUAUGUCCCUAAGGAAGGCCGGAAAAAGCGUCACGAGUUGCGCUUCUCAUUACCUGGGGGCGAAGCGCUAGUCUUGGCAGUCCAGAGUAAAGAACAGGCCCAGCGAUGGCUCAAGGUGGUCCACGAUGUUGGCAGCCAGUGUAGCAACACUGAGGGGCUGGAUGGAUCAACUUCUCCAAUUAUACAGAGGAAGCUGGAGCUCGACAAGGUGCUACAGUCUGAGAGACAGGCUUCAGACUCAGACAGCGGGCCAACAGCAGACAGUCAGGCCACUGCACACGGGUCAGGACGAGACACUACUGACUCACUCAACAGGGGGAAGCGUGGAGCAUUUUCAGAGCUGACCGGGUCGAUGAGCCGAGCAGCUGGGAGGAAAAUCAAUCGGAUCAUCACCUUUUCCAAGCGGAAACCUCCUUUACCAGGAGAGUCUCCUUUGUCUUCUGGCCAGCAUGACAACCCCCGCUCUGGAUAUCUGAGCGUGUGUCUGAGCGGCUCUUGGAGGGAGCGGUGGUGCGUGCUCCGGGGUGGAAGUUUGUACCUGCAGAAGGACCCUGGGGACCAGCGACCCCCAAUCAUUGUGGUGCCACUCAAAGGGGCAGAGGUGAUGCCAGGCGGGCUUGGACCUAAACAUCCGUUCUCUUUCCGCAUCCUACAGGGAGGCAACGAGCUGGCAGCUCUGGAGGCCAGCUGCUCUGAGGAUCUUGGCCGCUGGCUUGGAGUUUUAUUUGCAGAGACCGGCAGCAGCACUCUCCCUGAAGAGUUGCACUAUGAUUACAUCGAUGUGGACACACUUACUGACAUACGGCAUGCUGCCAGACACUCCUUCUUGUGGGCUACAACAGCUCACUCCUCCAGUAGUGCUUCAAUAGACUCCAGAACUUACGAUGAGGUCUAUGAAAGUGUUGCGGAAGUGGAUGUGGAGAGCAGAGGAGGCCAGGUGAGACGUCACGCUUCGUUCUCCAGCAGGGACUCUGAGAAAACUGAACAACAAGCUGCCAUUAAGAGACAUGCCUCCAAUGUGAAUCAGUAUGGGCGGUAUGGGAAGACACGGGCAGAGGAGGAUGCCAGGCGGUACCUGAGAGAGAAAGAGGAGUUGGAGAAGCAGAAGGAGGACCUCAGAAAUGCACUGAUUUCCCUGCGCAAGGAGAAAAGGCAGUUGAAGGAGGAGGGGAAGAGCGGCACAGGUAAUAGUGUGGAAAAGCAGUUAGCUGAGCUGGAAACACUGUGCAAACAGAAGGAGGAGGAACGGGUGGAGCUGGAGCUGAGACUGACAGAGGUCAAAGAAAACCUGAAGAAGUCACUGGCUAGAGGGGCACUGGGUCCACCUACUGAUACCAAGAUCAACGUCAAGGCGCAGGGCAGUAAGGUUGAAAAGGUUUACAUGGAGACUGUGCCUGUCAACGCGGCAUCUGAGCUUCGAAAGCGGCCUCCGUCUCUUUACGCCUCCUCCAAGGGGAAUGUGAUGCAGAAGGCAAAGGAGUGGGAGUCAAAGAAGGGGACAUAGAGUGAUCAUAAACAGAUCGACAGAUGGAGACGAGGACGUUUGAAAGGAAAACGCAAGAAGAGCAAGAAAACUGGCACUGAAGAGAGAAAGGAUGGACUCGGAGGCAUUGCGCUCUCAUUUCAUCUAAAGGAAAAGUACAGGCAGCGUGAUGCUGCACCAGCUACUGUAAAUACGACAUGCUCAGCUGAUACAUCAGUACCGUGUUAAUGUGGAUCACUAUGAACGUGAUGUGUACGUGUUGGUGUGAGUUUGCAUGCGUGUUUACAUUUGCACAGGGCUGCAGAAAGUAAAAAAAAAAAAAGGAAAGCGUAGCAAAGGGAGAGUGUAGUUCUUCAACACUGUGAGUUCAGCGUUACAGGCAAGACGUUUUAGCUACACCCACUGGUUUGUAUUAUUUUUAUACUUGAUACUUGGAAAUGAAAAAUGAAAAACCCGGUUAAAGAAAUUUUUUUAGUUAUAAUCUUAAAUUAUCAUUAUUAGUAAGAGAAGUACAGAAUCUCAUAUCUUAAUUGUGUAUUUAUACGUUUAAUAAAAAAUAUCGAGUAGACACUGUUCCUAAAAGCAAUGAAUAAAUGUUUGUUGUUGCAAUGUGAAACAAUUGGUUUUAACCUUUAUAUGACUCUUAUUUUUCACAUUUGACUUUUGCACUUUAUCUUGUUGUAUUUUGUGAUUGCAUAAAUGUGUCCUCGGCCCCUCUCAGCUGAAUCAUUUGAAGAUAAAUGCCUGUGUCUGCUUUACCUGCCCUUCACUGAGAAACGAACACACGCAAAUGUUGGAGUAAAUAAUUUUAUAAAGAA